AUGAAGACAUUGUCACUGAUGUCCGCAUGCUAAUUUCCACUGUAAUGGAGCUUGGAGACAAAAAGGAGAAAAGUGUAUCAACUCUUGAUGAUAGCAAGGUGACUGUACAACAAGAGGUGCAGUAUUUUCAAAAGAGGUUAGAGACACGCAUUCAAGAAAUUGGAGUGGCUUUAAUGUGUGAAAUAGAAAAAGCUCAUACUGAACUCUCAGAUAAAGCAAAAAGUGACAUGAACAAGAUAUGUGAUCGCAAAAACAAGAUACGAAUAGAAAUAUUUCUGAACAGUUUGAAUCUGUGUCGAAACACGGAUCUGAAAGUCAAAUAUUCAUGUUGAUAAACAGUAUGAAAGAAGAACUGAACUGUCAUGUUAAUGAAUUUCAAGAAUUUUUGUCGUCACAAAAAACUGCACCUCUUUUGUAUAAAGAGUCUGAUUUGCUGUCCGUUAUGAAAUCAUUUGGUUCAGUGGAAAUCAAAGAGACUCCCUUUGAUAUCAAAUACAAACCGUUUAAGGCUCAGAAAGCGCAAUUUCUGCAACAACAGAGAAAGCUUCCAACAAAAUUCAAGCUAGAUACAAAAUUUAAAGUACCAGGUGCAAACGUUAUCGGUAUAGGUGUGACAAAAGACAAUAGAUUAUUCCUGUGUGAUAGGACCGGUUCUAAAUUAUUUGUUAUGUCAGACAAAGGCAAACAAUUGGCGGCAACUCGAAUGGACGGACGUCCAUGGGGGAUAGCUAUGGAUGAAGACAAACAUACAGCAUGGGUAACACUGCCUAAUACACCGUGCGUUCAGACAGUAGACAUUGUUAAAAUGGAAAAGGGCCGAUUGAUUAAAGUACCUGGAGUAUGUUAUGGUAUUGCACUAAUUGACGACGAAAUUGCCGUCGGUGGUUACGGCAAGAUAUACAUUAUCAGCAAAACCGGUGACUUAAAGAAUACGAUUAAUGUUGAGAGAGAGGAUGUUCACUCUAUAUCAGUUGGACAAAAACAUCAACUUCACUAUGCUCAGGGUAAUAUAGCAGAAUCGGAAUUGAAAUGCGUUAGAUUAGAUGAUGGAAAAGAUAUAUUUAUUUCUACUCAAUGUACUAAUCACGUGAUUGAGGUCAAAGCCGACAGAUUAGGAAAUGUCUACAUUCUCGAAUACAAAGCAUCAAACUUUAAGCUGUUUUGUUCUGAAGAUAAAUCUCUAAAAACCAUGUUGACAACAGAAGACGGACUGAAGGGCCGAUAUGGUUUAGCUUUCAAUACAGAUUUUUGCAAGCUUUUCAUUUCAAUUCAAACUAAUAGCGCGAACAGUGAGAUAUUGGUCUAUAAGUGUAAUUGAAAAAUGGAGUGAGCGAGUAAUGUUUGUUAAAUAAUGAAUUAAAAAUUACCUAC